AUGUCUCGGCCGCCCCUCCUCUCCCCCUCCCCGUCCGUCUCGACCGACCGUCAUGCCGAGGAGCUGGCACCGCUGGUAGACCAGCUCAAAUCCCUGACCACGGCUGAAACCCCGGAUUUAUCUCACCUGACCGCAGCAACUGAACCUCUGCUUCGCCUGCGACAUACAUUCAUCGACGAUGCUCGCCCACGAGUCGCAAAGGAUGCCUUUCGCCAGAUGGCGGGGUUCCAAACCAUCCUGGAGCUGACAGAUCAGCUUGCGGAUGUGUACGAGCCAGACAUAUUGUCCAAGGAGGACCGCAAAUGUGUCAUUGGAGUCUACAAGGACGCCUUGGGUACGCUGGCUGAGGCAUUGAAAACCCACUUGGGUAACAAGCGGUACUUUGCGCGGAAAAUAGCCGGAGGUGGAGCCGCUGCGCUGGAACGGUCCCUCGCCGUUUUGACAAGGAAGGUCGCCAGGGUCGAGAGCGAUGCCCAGCAGCUCUACGGUGCGAUAUUGGCCGCAGCUCUGUGCCAGGAGACUGCAGCCCGGACUUUCACAGCAAUGAGCGCAAGAUUCCAAGGAACAGAAACCGGCAUUUCUCCGCAAGAAGUACGUGAUGCCAUCGACCAGUUCAUGGGGUCUGCGGAGACGGUCGAGGUCCCCGAGCUUCUCGGGUCUUUGGUACGCGUCUGGACCGCCCAGUCUGCGACAACAGAGGCGGAGAGCGAGGUUGUACGUUUGACGUUUGCAGCUUGCCUGGGUCAACUGGCGGCACAAUCUCGAAGAAACGUCGUUGCGUUGCAUGCCACCGGUAUGCUGACUGCCAUACUGCCUAUUCUGUUCCAGAAGGGGCGAUCCGAGACAGAAAGGCAAUUGUACCAAGACCUGGCUCAACAUCUGAGUGUUCAGGGCAUCAACAGUCUGGAAGAUGCUGUUACUUUGUAUCGCCACGCGCACGACAAUCACCAAAACCUCGAGUUCCUACUGUCCGCACUCAGAUACUCUAAAGAACCACCAUCAAUUCAGUUUGACUUGUCACUUCACGGAUUCUGCUCGGUGGAAUUUGCAACUUUGGGCCGGCCUUUCCCACCAAGUGCGUCAGCUGGGUACACCCUUGCGGCCUGGGUGCGUUUUGACGACUUUGAUCGCAACACGCACACGACAAUCUUUGGGGCCUUUGACGCAAGCCAGACGUGCUUUGUUCUGGCCUAUGUGGAAAAAGAGUCGCGAAAAUUCAUUUUUCAGACUUCUAUCCGCGGAUCUCGGCCCAGUGUGCGCUUCAAGUCCACCACCUUUGAGGCGGGCCGAUGGUAUCAUAUCUGUAUAGUGCAUAGAAAAGCAAAGGCGGCGCAUUCGGCGCGAGCCUCGCUAUUUGUUGAUGGCGAAUUCGUGGAACAGCUGAAGAUUGAAUACCCCACAGUCCCAGUCAGUAAUCAUCCCCACCGACCACCUCGGAUCCAGGCUUUCUUCGGGACCCCACAAGAUCUUGCCAUGCGCCUGGGGAAAGGCGUCUCCAGUUCACGGUGGUCCUUGUCGAAUGGCUUGCUCUUCGAUGAGGCAUAUAGCGACGAUCUUAUCGCGGUUUUCUACAAUCUUGGCCCACGCUAUUUCGGAAACUUCCAGGACUGCUUGGGGUCCUUCCAAACCUACAAAGCGUCGGCUACAUUGAACCUGCGCAAUGAACAUCUCCAUCCUGGAAGGGAGGAGGAAUCGGACAUUAUCAUGGCCAUCCGAAGACGAGCUAGCACCCUCGUACCUGAAGGUUCAGUCCUGAUCAAUCUCACCCCGGUUGCCGUACUGGACAGCAACGAUAGUAAUAAUGUCGACGAGACGCAGCUCAGCAAAUCCUUGUCUCGAACAGCCGCCAAGAGCCUGCAACACGUGACGAAAACCGGGGGAAAUGCAUUGGCAGUGAAUGGAGGUACUCCCGCCAUCAACGAUGGAUUGACGCAACCACAAGGCGUGGGAGUCCUCACUGGAGAGCCCGUUGUUGCUGUUCCUUGGUCCAUGGAUGACGCGAGCUGGUGUCUAGGUGGCUGUGCAGCUGUCCAUCUCAGUUUGAUCCAAGCCGCCAAUUCAGUAGAGGCAACCCGACUGGCAGUGAACGCGCUCUAUGAGGCUGUGCAGGACAAUUGGAGGAACAGUGAAGCAAUGGAACGAGAAAACGGUUAUGGGAUUUUGGCGGUUUUGCUCCGUGAGAAGUUGGGGUUUCAGAUCGCCAAUCCUCUUUCAGGCGGACGAUCCUCAGCCAUCAGCACCAAUGCCGAGGAGCACAACAAGCUCAUGCUUGACCUUUUGCGUCUCACACUCGGGUUUGUGGGAUAUGACUUUGAUCAUCCAAAUCAUUCCAUCAUUGCGAAUCCUCUUGCCUACCGUGUCUUACUUGUGGACAUGGACAUUUGGCGGAUGGGUGAAAGCGACGUGUCUAACUUAUACUUUUCCCAAUUCCGGACGUUUGUGUCUGACAGCAACUAUCGCCGUUUCAAUGCGAAACGCUUCGGACGUAUGCGUGUCAGCAAGAAACUCCUCGAAACGCUCAAAAGCAAUGAGCUGACCGAAGAUUCUAUCGGUCCCUGUAUUGCUUCAUUUAGGGCUCUAUUGGAGAGCAACCUUUCUCCCGAUCUUCUACGCUCGCUUGCUUUGUCCAUCACGUACAACUUGCACCGACCGCGGUCACCAACAGCCCUCCAGAAAAAGAGAAGCCUUCGAUUUGCUAUGCCGAGUUCGCCCCGGCCUUCUUCAUCCAGUGCAGAUCAUAUGAGAAAACUGUCGGGUCCGAUCCUAGCUACAGAGAUUUUACGACUUUACGCAUCGGUACUCUGCAACGCUUUCGACCUGAACCCUCUGAAGAGGUUUGCAAAAGCAGUCACGAACAAGGUAUUGGCUGCUUAUCUCUCAUGCGAAGAUGAACCGGAAAUCGUCGUACUCGCGACCAAGGUUCUUGCACGAUUGCUCAUUGUUCACGGGAGCAGCUACAGCAAGAAGUUCUCUGACAAAAAUGGGGGAUACACUGUGCUCGAGAACCACCUCCAAAAAUGGUGGAACGUGCCUGCUUUGUGGCCAAUUUGUUUUUCUAUUCUCUUUGGGCAGGAUCUCGCAGCAAUCGAUCUUGACCGACAAUUCACAGCGUCAAAUCUUCUAGGCAUAUUCCUCGCUAAUGGAGAUUUGCGUAUUGCGUUCCCGGAGAUGCUUCCCGUCAUCAUGGCAAUUGACGCUUCGAAAGUUUUCGCCGAAGAAAGUUAUCUGAUUGAGUCGGUCGUUGGAUUUCUGAAAGAGCUGUCGAAGCAGUCACAAAGUUUCCGCGACUUUACAAUUCAGUCCGGCUAUGCUCAAGAAGUCUUAACCCUUUUAUACCCUACUGUCACUGGUGUGGAACCAAUCAGUCCAAACUCUGAGCUUCAUUCGCGAUAUGGUGGGCUGAGCUUUGAAGAGAGCAGUCUACUAACACGACCUAAAUCGAGUCGCAACAAUAGCUCGACGCCGCUGCAGGUCAGUAUUGUUGAUUCUCCCGAGGGUCCCGACACCAGCGCGGACCCUCUCCAGCGCCGGUCGUCCUUCAUCCUCAUAUCUUCCGCCCAGUCGAAGCAUCAACCUUCACCUGCCCGGAUCCGAACCGUUCUCAAUAUAGCCAGUUCAUCCAGCAGUGAAACGAGAAGGUACCCCCUUGUCAUGGCUGUUCUCGCGCUUGUGCUUGAUGUGUUCGAAAAUCAGCUGCUUCAACGCAAGGACUUUUCGGGGUUGGGCUUGUAUCAGAAGACCCCUGCUGGCGAUCUUGAGCAUCAGGCCGAUUUCAAUUCAUGGGUCCUUGUUUCACUUUUGACGCGACUGAAGAAUGUUCCUUCAACUCAGCCCCACCUACUUCACGAACCUCGCGCCCUGACGAACCUCGCCCGCUUUGCUACACACCUCACGGAAGCUGUGUAUGAAGGGUGGUUCAUCAACGGAUGUCCCAUCGUUCUCGAUUUCCUCGGUGCUCUUCUGGAAUAUCUUCAACGACCUGAAAUAGCCCACAUCAAAACCAUUCGCUUGUGCAGCCAGUCUGUAGGAACGCUACACGCGAUGCUCUACAAAGCCAUUCUGUUCCAACUAUCAGAAGCAGAUGACGCUGAGGCGUUACCUAUCUUGCAGCGCCUGAGCUACUGGCAAGUUGUUCUUCUUGCUGCCGCAGAAACCCAACCCAAACACCUUCAGCUUCUGUGCUAUCUACUGUACACGAGGCUCAUUAGCACGGAAAAAGAGAUUCGUCUUGCUACCGCAAGUCUCUGGCGAACGAUUAUGGUGCAGAGGCCCGAGGACAUGAUUGGCCUUCUACGUCACGGCCCAUCCAGUCUUCAGCGGCGACUUUCGGACGGCUUUGAGGCAUUGGCUGGAUUAGACGACGAGACGUUUUUACAAAAAAUUGAUGACCAACGCAGCGACCUUGAUGCCUUCUUCUUCGUGGUUCUAUCCCAGCAAUGGGAGUCGUUCACCCAGGAGGAGAAUAUGAAGAGUGAAGAUUCUGCUAGACACAGAAUCACUAGGCGCAAGGAAAAGCUGAAGCAGUGGGCCCAGCUGGAAAAGUACGACGAAGAUGUCAUUCGCAAGCAUGAUGCUACCCUUCCACAUUGGAUUUCCAACAUCUCCGCGUCUGAGUUCUUGAAAUCUCAACGAUUUAUUCAAGACCUUCAAGAUAAUUCCGUCUUUAUGUGGGCGGCAUUUUCGAACCUUUUGGUUGAUCUCAAGCGACCCGGCGCGCUUCUGGCUGAAGACAGAGAACGGACCUUUAAACUGGACCAGACAGAAGGUCGCAGCCGCAUGCGCUUGCGAGUUGUCCCGGACGAGUCGGGGGAACGGCAAGAUUAUCAACCCAAGCGCAAGUCCUCUGAGCCGCCUGUCCCGAAGCUCGACGUUCGAUUGCGUGCGUUGUCUGCAGGAGAAAUGGCGUCUUCGACGAAGUUGCCAAAUGCAAGAGUGGAUGUUGGAGAGUCCCGGCAGCAAGAUGACCAUUCGGAUGGAGCAGAUGAUCGUAGUGCGUCUGAGGAGAACUUUGAGAUGGUGGAUGAUCCAAAGUUGGAGCUCGAGGACUACGAAGACAAGAACCGCAGAGUGAUGCGCUCUCUCCAUCGUGGUGACCAGGUACAAAGCGUGUGUAACAUGUCUCGAAUCAUCGGUCUCGAAGCUGUGGAGGGUCUCUUGAUCCUUGGGAAGGAUUGCAUCUACAUCCUUGACAACUUCUUCCAGAGGGCCGAUGGUGAGAUUGUGAACGUCUGGCAGGCCCCCCCAGACGAGCGCGACCCAUACGUACGAAUGAUAGCCGGCAGAGAGUCGAACGACCGCCGUUCACACGGCCAUGAGACACGAAGCUGGAAGUGGGCCGACCUUGUCAGCGUUUCCAAGCGCCGCUUUCUCUUCCGAGAUGUGGCAUUGGAAAUCUUCUUUACAGAUGGCACUAGCUAUUUGCUCACGUUCUUUGCUGCGCCCGUGCGGGAUAAUCUGUGCAACCAGCUUGGAAUCAAGGCGCCACAAGUGACUGGAAGUGCAGGGCAUUCACGGCCAGAGGACAUCUGGCGAUUUGAGACGCUUCGCAGCCAUGAGGAUGCGCCACAGUCUCUGGGGUCGAAAUUUGCAAGCGUUUUUGGUCACUUGCCAGCCAAUCCAGCCACGCGGAAAUGGAUUCGCGGCGAGAUCUCAAAUUUUCACUACCUCAUGUUGAUCAACACCCUCGCUGGGCGAACAUUCAAUGACUUGACUCAAUAUCCUGUCUUUCCAUGGGUGCUGGCAGAUUAUACCAGCGAAGAGCUUGAUCUGACGAAUCCCAAAACUUUUCGUGAUCUUUCCAAACCUAUGGGCUGUCAGACCCCAGACCGAGAGAUGGGCUUCCGCGAAAGGUACAACGCCUUCGCAGAGAUGGGCGAUGACAACUCCCCGCCAUUCCACUAUGGCACUCACUACUCGUCUGCCAUGAUCGUGAGCUCUUAUCUCAUUCGUCUGCAGCCCUUCGUCAAAUCAUACCUUCUCCUUCAGGGCGGCACGUUUGACCAUGCCGACCGUCUCUUCUAUUCUAUUCGUAAGGCCUGGGAGUCUGCAUCUCGAGGGAACAUGACCGACGUUCGCGAAUUGAUCCCUGAGUUUUUCUACUUGCCCGAGUUUCUGGUGAACUCCAACAAGUACGAGUUCGGCAUGCUACAGAACAUGCGUACCGCAAUCGACUCCGUCGAGCUACCUCCUUGGGCCAAGGGAGAUCCAAAGAUUUUCAUUCAAAAGCAUCGAGAAGCUCUCGAAAGUCCAUAUGUCUCGGAGAACCUACAUCACUGGAUCGACCUAGUGUUCGGAUGCAAGCAGAAGGGCGACGCCGCUAUCGAGGCAGUGAAUGUAUUCCAUCAUCUUUCCUACAAGGGAGCAAAGGAUUUAGACGCCAUCGAUGACCCGAUGGAACGGCUGGCGACCAUCGGUAUAAUUCACAACUUUGGCCAAACACCCGGUCAAAUCUUCCAGCGCGCUCAUCCUCAGCGAGAGGAUCAGCGACAUCGCGUGCCCCGGUUGGAUGCCCUUGCAGAAUCACUCACCCAGAUGCCGUUGUCCCUGCUUGAUAUUGGAGAACGUGUCACAACUCUUGCCAUGCGGCAAGACCGGCUGUUGUGUACUUCGGCUUUUCGAAUCAAUAUUCCACCAGCAUAUGAUCAGUAUCUCGAGUGGGGAUUCUUUGAUGGGAGUGUCCGCUUCUAUUCCAUUGACAGUCGCAAGCUCCUGGGACAUUUCGAACACCUUCACAUCGGCCAACUGUCUCACGCUAGUUUUGCAGAUUCGCGGACUCUUGUAACUUGCGGCAAUGAUUGCACAGUCUCCUUGUGGACAGUGACUGCCACCUCGAGAGCAGUUGAUCUACAGCCGGUUGGAUCGCUCUUCGGGCAUCGUACCCCGGUGACUGUGUUGGCUGUCUCUCGUUCCUUUAGUGCUUUGCUGUCUGCCUCUAGCGAUGGCCAGAUUAUGCUGUGGGAUCUCAACCGCCGUGGCUUCGUGCGAACUCUCCCCGCGGACGGUACAGUUGAUUGCGCCCGCAUCAACGACGUGACCGGUGACAUCAUUGUGUGUCGAGGUGGCCGGAUCACCAUGUACACCCUCAAUGGUGAACUCGUGAUCGACCAACCCGUCUGCGACGCGCCCGAGGACCGUGUUUUAUCCUGUGCUUUCUAUGAAGGCGUUCAAAAUGAGUGGCUGGAGCGUCAAUUGAUCCUAACUGGUCAUGCUCGCGGCGUGGUCAAUAUAUGGAGCAAAGUUAUUCGCAAUGGCGGCUUCGAGCUAGAGCUCAUCCGUCAAUUACAUCAUACCGAUAGUAGUCGCGACAAUGGUGCCAACAUCCAGGCUGGAAUCAGCUGCAUCCUGGCCCUCCCUCAUGUGGUUUAUACCGGUGAUGAGGCCGGUCGAGUGUACGAGUGGAAUUGUGUUCAACGGCGCUAG